CUUUAGACGUAACCAUGUUGAGGAUCGUAAGCCUGGCAGUGACUUUGGCCGUGUGUGUGGCACGACCCAACCAAUGGGACGACCAGCUAGGGCUCUUCCCUGCUGACGGCGGGGACUCUCAGCCCAUCUUGCCUCGCGCCGUCGCCAACCCUACCACGCCCAACCAGAUACUCGACGCAGUGCUCGAAGGAGCUAUCGCAUACAUGGAAGCGCUAGGGUGGUGUGACUCCAAAAACGUGCAGAACGGAGAGUCAAACCUUCCCUUCCAAGUUAACUCUGACGGAAGCAGCUCCGAGAACUUCAGCAUCACUAAGGCCAACGUGACUGGACUCUGCUCCCUACGCCGUUCCAAGUCCGCUUCUUUCAACGCUGAUCAGAGUGUGCUUUCCGGUUCGGUUGUGGUGGAAAACGCUCGUGCCAACGCCGACUACACGGUAACCUUUGCCGGUGUUGGAGAAGCUCCAGCACAGACUGUUUCUGGUAAAUUCGUAGAGCGUGUGGACAAGCUGUUCGCCGACAUCCAGAUCAACUUGGAAAACCUUGUGCCUCAGAACAUCGCCAGCUACACUGCAAGAUCGGGUCAUGACCUGCUUGAAAGUGCAAGCAACUUGGACGGCAAUAAUAUGAAGGACGUUCACAGCGCAGGCUUCAGAAAGGCUUUGCGAGAGAUCGUGGAGAAAACCAUGUCUUCCAACGUGAAGGUGCAGAUUAACAAGUCCAUCCAGGACAUGAAGAAUGCUUGAAACUGUAGAAUGACGAAGAGAUUUGUGAGUGUAUGGAGAGACAUGUAAAAUAUAGCAAUAAUAAACUAAUUCUUUUGUCAAUAUCCUUAGAAAAUUUUCAUGAAAAUGUAGCUAACCCAUGCUAGAUGUAUGCAGUGUUAUCCAGAGCCAAUUUCUAGAUAUGCUCGAAUUGGCAAACCUAUUCUUAUAUAAUGUAACUUGGAAGUGUGAAGUGCUUUUUUCAUGUCAUAGUUUUUUUUAGACCUAAAUGGAAGCUUAAAGUUGAUAAUGUCUUUAAUUUUCUCUUCAUAUCUUUUCACGGUGCAAUAAUUGA